AUGGCCGUCGAGUUCAACCUAUCCUCAAAGCAAACUGUAGAGUACGAGCAGGAGUACUCCGCUCACAACUACCACCCUCUGCCAGUGGUUUUCCACAAGGCGUCGGGCGCGCAUGUAUGGGACCCAGAAGGCAAGGAGUACCUGGACUUCCUCUCUGCCUACUCUGCCGUGAAUCAGGGCCACUGCCACCCGGAGAUCGUGCAGGCGCUGGUGGACCAGGCGUCGCGGCUGACGCUGUCGUCGCGGGCGUUCUCCAACGACUGCUUCGCGGCGUUUGCAAAGUACGUGACCGAGUACUUCGGGUACGGGAUGGUGUUGCCUAUGAACACGGGCGCCGAGGCCGUGGAAACGGCGCUGAAGCUGGCGCGCCGCUGGGGCUACAUGAAGAAGGGCAUUGCCGCCGACGAGGCGAUCAUCCUCGGAGCGUCCGGCAACUUCCACGGCCGCACGUUCGGCGCCAUAUCGCUGUCGACCGACGAGGAGGACACCCGGAAGCACUUCGGUCCGUUCCUGAAGAACACGACCGCCGAGCUUCCAGACGGCUCCGGCGAGCAAAUCCGGUUCGGUGAGCUGGCCGACCUUGAGCGCGCGUUCAAGCAUGCGGGCGAGCGCAUCGCCGCGGUGAUCCUCGAGCCCAUCCAGGGCGAGGCCGGCAUCGUCGUGCCCCCAGAGGGCUACCUAGAGGGUGUGCAGCGCCUGUGUCGCGAGCACAACGCCCUGUUCAUCUGCGACGAGAUCCAAACCGGGAUCGGCCGUACAGGCAAGAUGCUAUGCUACGAGCACUCCGAGGGCGUGCGUCCGGACAUCGUCGUACUGGGCAAAGCCAUCUCUGGAGGUAUCCUACCGGUGUCCUGCGUGCUUGCGGACAAGGACAUUAUGUUGUGCUUUGAGCCCGGCUCCCACGGAUCCACCUACGGAGGUAACCCGCUUUCCUCCCGCGUCGCGGUCGCCGCCUUGGAGGUCAUCCGCAAGGAGAACCUGGUCGAGCGUGCUCGCGUGCUGGGUGAAAAGCUUCGCGCUAAGCUCGAGUCCCUCCAGGCUGAGUCAAACGGCAUCAUUUCAGAGGUCCGCGGCAAGGGCCUGCUAUCUGCCAUCGUAAUUGACCCAUCCAAGGCCAACGGCCGUACUGCCUGGGACCUCUGCUUGCUAAUGAAGGACGCCGGCGUGCUUGCUAAGCCCACCCAUGAGCAUAUCAUCAGACUGGCUCCACCGCUCGUCAUCUCCGAGGAGGAUCUAAUGCACGGUGUCGACGUCAUCAAAAGCUCGCUUGAGAAGCUACCAACGGUUGAGAAGGCAGCCCAUUAG